UGAAAGUUAUCUUGAACAGUCAAUUAAUUGUAGUGUGGAUUUGAUAGGUCUUGCAGCAGUUUUACUAACAGAAGACAUAAACAGUACAAAUCCUUUUGAGCAAUUAUUCUUCUACUCGGUUGAUUGGACUGUUCUACAAAUGACCUUUCAAGCAAACUCAUUCUUCCAAGAAGGAUUUAUGGUAACCAUGCAUGACUCUGUGGUGAAUGAACAGCAUGUCCUGACAGUUGGGACCACAUAUGGAUUGGUGAUUCAGUUUGUCCAUUUAGACGGCAAGUACAGGCGUUACAACACAUUCAAAAUUGCGGAUUCACCAAUUUUGGGCUUAUACCAGCACAAUGACAGUGAUCACACAAUGUUGGUAAUGACUAAAAACGAGCCGUACAAAUAUGCCAGCACACGUUGUCUCGAAUACCCUGGCAAUCACUGUGUGAAGUCUGGUGUGAUGGAAGGUAGAAAUCCCCAUUGUGGAUGGUGCAUUUACGAACAACGUGCAUCCCGGAAGUCUGAAUGUUCCUGUAAAACCACCGUAUGCUGGCUCUCCUCCCUGACCUCCUGUAUUACAUUGGAUUCAGAACCAAGAGGGGCACAGGCUAGCACAGGAACGGUUGACAUUCAACUGACAACUUCACUUAGUCUUCCUGAUGGUCCAUUGUAUCAAUACCUCUGUCGAUGGCAAAGUGGAGCAGUCAAGAAUGCAACUAGAGUUAGAUCAAAAUUCACAUGCAGGAUGGACAAUACAAAUAUUUCAAACAACAUCCAGUUAACACUAGAGCUUGGAGUCAAAGUGAUUAAUACAGACAGCUUUGUUCUUCUGACUGAAGCUCCAUUUCUCCUUUAUUCAUGUUCCAACUUUGAGAAGUGUGGGGAGUGUACACUCACUGUGGGUGCGAAUUGUACCUGGUGUCCAGUGAAAGGGCUGUGCCGACAAACGAGUGCAUCUUGUUCGCAUGCUGUCACGUCAAGCAAUCGCACGUGCCCUCAACUUGCGAACCAUUAUGACCAGUUAUACCUACCGAGUGGAAUCAAUCGUUCACUAACGAUCAACGUUACCAACGAUGUAUUAACACAAUAUAAUAAUAUAGCAUUUAGACUGGUAACUGAUGCCGUGGGACUCAAUUCGUCUUGUACUGCAACCUCCUCUCGAUUGACAUGCCUUGUGAAUGUAUCAGUAAAUCACAGUAAAGCCAAGAAUAUGAUUUCCGUGCAGUAUUCUAGUAGCGCCAAUGGUUGGACGUACCUCGACGACAAUCACAACAAUAAAGUCACAAUCUACAACUGUACCAAGUUGGCCGAGGAAGGUUGUAACUACUGUAAGGCACUUAACAGCUCUAUAUACAAAUGUGCUUGGGACAGUUCAGCACAUAUCUGCAAGUACAAUGACAACCGUGGGGCAAGAGAGAAUGCUAUAUGCCCGCCUCCAUUAAUUAAUGAGAUUUCUCCUAAAGAUGGUCCAUAUAGUGGUUCCAUAAUAACGACAAUAAUGGGCAGAGAGUUUGGGGUUAUUGAAUUUAAAGAUAUUGAUCAAACAAGAAUAGUUGUGUCUGGAAAAUCAUGCUCACCCAUGCAAGAUAUAAGCUUCGUGCCACCUGAUAAACAUGAUUUUGAACUGCGUGUACGAACUGGGUAA